AGUGACAAUUUUAUUUAGGUAUUCUAUUAUAUUAAAUUAUAAAAUAAUAAUAAAAAAAAAAUAAUAAAAAUAGAAGUGGUCGCCAAUAUGGAUCUAUCUCACGUCCUCUCUUUCUCAUAAAAACCUCCAAAUCACAACUCACAAACUUCCAAAGUAAAAGAAUUAACCCAGAUUUUUGAGGACCUAUCUUCUUAGCUUGUUUUCCCUCUUUGCACUCUUCUCUCUCUUCAAAUAAAAAUUAGAUAUUCUGUAUCUAAAUAAUAAAACCAGCCCUUAAAGAAAGCCUUUUAUUAAUUACGACUCCAAGAUAUUAGAAAUAAAUGGGUACAAGUACAUCUACUAAUUCGUUAUUAGUUUGUGUUCUGUAAUUCGAAUUAGUCGGCGUGCUGAUGGAAAAACAACAAAAGCAGCAGAAUAUCAUCAACUAGUGAUUUUUCAAGAAAUUUAACCAGCUUUUGGUACUGUGGUUGGAUUAUUAUUAUUAUUAUUAUUAUUAUUAUUAUUGCUAUUAAUAUUAAUAUUAAUGUUAUUUUCUUGUUAUAAGAUAUGACUAUGGUUCCUGCUCCUAAACUAUCCAAACCACAUCUUGUUUUUUAUGGUGGCUGUGGUGGUGCUGGUGUUGGUGCUGCCUCCGAUGUCAUGACUCGAUUCGCCGAUGGCUGCAGUGCUCCUGCUGGCUAUGUUGGUUACGAUAAUAACGUCAUCAACGGCAACAGUUGUACUAAUACUGUUACUAGUAAUACCGACAUUACUGCUAAUAACAAGCUAGAUAUUGAUAACGAUCACUGUGUUUUAGGGAUUGGUUAUCCUAAUAAUAAUACCAAUUACGACUCCUACCAUAAUAUUUUUCGUAUGGCUGAGGAAGAGCAGUCUAGAACUUCUAACAGUACUAGUGUUAACGAUAAUGGUGAUCAUCAGCAGGCAGCUGCUGCUGCUGCCGCCGCUUCUUCUACCUCUAUGAAGGGGCGGGACGAUACCCCUACACCUCCCCCACCUCCACAUCAUCAUCAUCAAAGGGGUAUCGUCGACAGCAGCAGCAGCUGGCUGCAGUUAGGUCUUGGUAGGACCCACGUGGAUACUCCUCCGCUUCCACAACAACAUCAAGCUCAAGCUCAGAUGUCAUCGUCGCUACAGAUAGGAGGAAGCGCGGGUGGAUUGAUGCUUGAGCUCAACCUAGGAGGUGGAAGCAGUGGCGGAACACCAUUAAUGAUGCCGGGGUUAGAGCCUAGAAUAAUCCCUCAAAGAUCAGUUGAUCAUCAUUUUAUUACAACCAGUAAUAAUUUGUUUACUAGUGGAGGUGUUAUUGGAUCACCAACUACUUGCAUCUCUCAUCAACAACAACAUCAUCCCAUGAUUCCUCUAAUAGCCUCUUUUCCGCAACCUCAACAACUACUCCAAUCUCAUCAUCCUCACCAUUUAAUACUAAGCGAUCAUCAACAACAACAACAUCAGAUAGGUUGGGGUUUUGCUAAUCAGAGAGCGCCUUUGUCAGCAGCCGCGGGGUGUUCUUCAUCUUUAUCUCCAUCUUCAUCUUCCUCCAUGCCACCUGCACAAGUUGGUGCGGGUUCGGGUUCAGCUUCGUUUUUAACCCGCCCCUUUACACCUUCCGGGUCAUCCGUAGAUGCCGUAGAUUCCGAAUUCAGAGUUGUACAUCCUCCUCCUAGGAGACCUCAUACUGGCAUUUGGUUUGCUCUUCAAGCUUCUCGCCAUCAAUCAAAAGAACCGUUUUUACCUCAAGUAUCCAAGAGUUUUCUCCGAAUCAAGGAUGAGAGGAUGACUGUUCGAUUAGUGAUGAAGUAUGUGGCUAACAAGCUUGGAUUGGAUAGCGAAUCAGAGGUAGAGAUAAGGUGUAGAGGGCAACAACUAGUACCAUACUUGACGUUGCAGCAUGUAAGAGACAAUAUUUGGAGUUCAAGAGACGCGGCUGUGACGACUGUGACAUUACUUCCUGACUCCUCAACAACUGAUCACCUCAUGGUUUUGAAUUAUGGUAGAAGUACUUCUUCUUCUUCUACGUACCUAGCUACCUCUACCUAAUUAAUUAAUUAAUUAAUUAUGCUUAAUUAUAAUGCUAGGUUACUAAAUUACUUCUACGAGAUUGAUCGAUUAAUCGAUAAAUUAUGGAGAUUCUUAUUUUUUUAAUCUCUCCUUAUUCAUUAACCAACCCACCAACAUCUUGUAUCAAUAUUAUUGUUGAUCAAUUAAAUUAAUACCCUUUAAUUAGGAGGGGGAAAAAAAAGGGAAAAAAAAAGAAGUUUUCUCUAACAGUUCCAAUGUAAUUUUCCUUCUUUGCUUAGGUUAAGUUGUAGGAUGAAUUAAUUAACUCCCAAAUUAAAUACCCCAUUAUGGUAUGUGUUUUUGGCAUUUGGGGUCCCUUGUAAUUGUAUAAAACAAAUUUUAUUGUCCGAUAAUAGGACAUUUUAUAUAUUCUCUUUUUAUACUU